UAAUAAUGGCGAUGCUGCAUCGUGCACUCUUCACCUGGUUCCUCCUCCUGGUGUUCCUCAUUCUGCUGGCUCUCAGACUGGAUCAGAGAACAAAGUGGAAUUGGUUCAUUGUAUUUAUUCCAAUGUGGUUUUAUGAUGCGAUUUUGCUAAUAUACAUAAGCAUUCACAUGAUAAAUGAGUGCAGGACAGCAGUUGCCAGGGCUGGAGGAUCUCACCAUCGCACGGCCCGUCAGCGCAUCUCUGCAUUUCUCCAGAGAGUAUGGCCACUGUCGGUUGUAAUUCUUAAAAUGGCAUUUAUGGUUGCACUCUGCCUCAAGUUAGAGAAUCCUAAUACAUAUAUUUCUUCAUACCAUGUUCUUUUACCUUUAUGGACUCUGCUAAUGGGACUUUGUGGCAAUGUUCUUCAUUGUCUUGUACUUCAGCAUCAAGACCGAUAUCCAUGAGGUGCCGUCUUUAUCCACGGGAAGCUGUACAAGAGCUUGUGGAGGAUCAGAGACCAUAAUGCACACUGGCCAAGUAUUGUAUAUACAGUAUAUAAUUCAGGUUAUCCUAAGUUUAUUAUAUCUAAUAAAAUUUAGUACUUUAUUUUAUUUUUAAGAUAAUAAAUGGCAUUGUGUUAGUGUGUAUUCAUAUGUAUUUGUAUGUGACACUUCUCUAUUAACAAAAAAUUGUCAAGGUGCUUUACAUAUGUCAAAUUUUUGUUCUAAUUCUUCGUUACAUAAUAAAUUAUUUUGAACUACA